UAUUUAUUCGGACCACAAAAACAUAAAUUUUAUUAGUAAUGCAGUAGCUUACGAUGCAAAACUUUGAAGAUUGCUUUGGCCACAAAAGCAGGCACACGAAAACUCUCUCUUAUAUUAGGCCAAGAUUUUUCCCCUGAAUUCAGGAUUAAGAAAAGGGUUGAAGACCCAAGUUGGCCUCCAAACCAAAGCUCUUUGCAAUACUCGGCACGUUCAUUUUCCCUCCUCAAUUUCUCAGCCGAGAAAAUUUCAAGAAAAUCGUAGUAAUGGCGAUCAUGGUUUCUCACGCCGCCGCCUCCAACACCCAUCUGAGCGCUCCCGCAAGCCCAGACGGUUGCAGCUUCGAAGCACUGUUUUUUUACAGUGCCCCCGCGAGCCCCAAGACCGAGCCCCCCACUCCUGGAGCCUCCUCGAACGACGGCGGCGACUUCGAGUUCGAGACCAGCCGCCGCUUCGCCGACAUCGUUCUUGAGAACCCCGUGAAACGACAGCAGCAUCCGCGGCGAGAAGAGCCGCAGCCGCGAGAGAGGCCACGUGAGCCACCUUGCAUGGCGUUCGCGGACGAGCUCUUCUGCGACUGGAAGGUCAAGCCGCUAAAGCUCCCGCCGCGGCUCCAGAACGACGGCGCCGACGGGUCGCGGGUUCAGACGCCGGGGGCUUCUCCGGCGUCGUCGCCGCGUUACGCCGGCGUGAGGAAGAGGCUCGCGAGGCAGAGGAGCUUGUGGGACGACAACUUCGACCCGUUCGAGGUUGCGCUAGAGAGGGUGAGGGCAGAGGAGAGAGAUUCGGGCCGCCGGAGGAGCAGGUCUUUGUCUCCAUUCAGGGGAUUUGGCGGCGCAGGCGGCGACGGCGACAAGGCGGUGGGGAUGAGGCCCAGCGAGUCGACUCGGUGGACUCGGCAGGGGAGCGUCGGGGAAGAGAGAGCCGAAGCCGGCGCGCAGUUCUGGAGGGCUAAAAAGAAGGUGGAGCCCGUGGAGCAAUUCGGCCCGGCCCACGACGAGACCAGCCAAACGGGCUCCCCUGAAGAAGAAAAACAGAGGCAAAGGAAGCUGGCAUUGGCAGAGCCAAGGGGAGUGGAAUUUGCAAGGAGAGUGAGGCUAGUGAAGAUGGACAACCAUGCAAGUCCAUGCAAGCCAGCCUUCACCGCUCUCUCAGGACCUGAAGUCAUAAGCACAAGAGAUCAGGGGGAAGAAAAUGGAGGGUCUGCUAGAUUCACAAGACAAUCUAAUAGGCAGAGGAUAAAGAAGUUCCUCCUAAGGAGCACGUCCAUGGGGAGAGAGCUCUGGACAAAAGAGAAGAGGGGAGAUUCUCCGUCAGCUGAAGCGGUGAGGAAACCAAACAUUUUGAGAAGAUUGAGCUUUGGGUCAGCCGGGUCGAAGCCAUCAGGCCAGUGCAGCGAGGGCAAAGAAGUGAGCACGGCAGGUCGGAUGACGCUUGUCCGCUACCACCCAGAAUGCUGCUUUGCUUGGGCUAUGGGGUCAAAACCUCCAUGCAUGUGAAGUGAAGUUUCUGUGAGGCUUUUCAGGAGCACU